UGGUUUGGUCAUUUCGCGUCAUUACCUUUUCCCAUUUUCAAUUUCAUCACUCAUUUUUUCUCGUUUCGUCGUCCUCCUCCUCUGACGCCGAACAGAGUCUGCACUCACACAGAGCCAGAACGCGCAAGAGAGAGAAACCAAAAAAACAAACGAAGCAAAAAAAAAAAGAAGCGAGCGAAUAGAGACAAAGCGUAAGAACAACAACACAACAACCCUAACGUUACUUCUCAUGGAAAGCGUGGCGCAUUCUCGGCAACCUCCAGACAAGAAAAUCACCGCCGGCACCGGCGGUUUCCCAGCCGAAACUCUAUACGACCACGUCUACGGCGGAGCGGCGAAGUUCACCGCCGGCGGCCACCACCACUCCCUCUCGCCGUGCUUCGAGGACUACGGCGAGAUUUUCGCCAGCUUCCACGAGCCGCGCGCCUCCGCCAUUCCGGUGCUGGAUCUUCCGGCGCUCGACGCCGCCGGCGAGGUCUUCUUCGACUUCCGAAACGCCGCGCGCGACUACUCCGAAAUCUUCCGUGGCUUCGACGGCCUCGACUUUUGGCUCUCCUAUGAAGACUUGUUUCGCCACGGUGUCUCCGAAGAAGAAGAUGAUGAUGAUGAAGAAGAAGAAGACUGGUCACCGGUGGAAACUCACUCAUUUUCUGGAGACUUGGAGCUUUUUGGAAAUAAUCAAGGUAUGUCAAAUGGAGAUCAUUUGCGGCCUUUUGAUGGAAGUACGGAGUUCAACAUUUCGUAUCAUAAGGUUGAUGGUACAAGCAAUGAAGAUAUAUCGAAGGGGAAAAGUCAUAUAAGUCAGCUGCGUGCUGAUCUUGAAUUCACUCAUGUAUUUGAUGAAACCACACACUUUCAUAGGACUGAUCCUUCCUUACAGGUCGUUGAUGAUGUUGACCUUGACAUGGAAUAUAAUGCAAGGCAGACAAAGAGAAACCAUCUGAGAAAAAUGGAUUCCCAACCGGGUAGUUUUAAUUCUGGUGAACUGGUUCUUGGUGGUGAUCUAGAUCGGCAUGACGGAUGCAACAGAAAUGGUUCUCAUUCCAGUGAGACAUUCGUAACUGUGUCUGACAUCUGCCUCAGAACUCUAGCCUCUCAAGUGCCACCCCCUUCUCGGCCACCACCUGCAUUGGAUGCAAUACAGGAGCUCACUAGUAGAUUUCAUUCAAACAAUGAGUGGGUUGAUUCUGAAGAGACUCUAGGUGACACUUCGCCACCCUUCCUUGAUGUGGAGGUUGAUAUGAAUUCAUCUGCUGCUGCUGUCAAAGAAGUCAUGCACAGACCGGAAGCAAAACCUAGGAGUGCCAAAGAAUUAAAGGAGAGGAAGAAAGGGGUUUUCCAAAGCAAUGUACAUUCAAGUUAUGAUGUAAAAAAUAAUGAAGCAAAGGUGAGUGUGAAUAUAACUAGAUUUAAUAGUUUGAAUGACGAGGGAAUGCAGGCGACUUGUGAUCAGAGAAUUGGCAAAAAUAAAGUUUCUGCCACAGAUGAAAGGCAGAAAACUAGGAAGGCUGCCCCUGAAACUCUUGAAUCGUUAGAAGAGGAAAGACUUCUACAAAUGUUUGAGGAAAAGCACAUCAAGGAAUCCAGGUCAUCUCAAGAAUCAGAUAGAAGUACUGGAGUUGGGACAUGGAAAGAAGCAACUGAAUUUUUUGAAUUGGUGGGAACAGAAGAAUCUGGAAAGUUAAUUCAGCCCAUAAAUCAUAGUAGUACAAAGAGUUUGGUACAAGAUACCAGAAUACAUGAGCAUGGCAAGAAAGAAAGAGAAGCAUUUAACAUUGAGGAAAGCAAGAAGAAAUCUAAAGCAGGAAAUGGGGCUUAUGAACAGGGAAAAAUCAUUAAGAAAUCUAAAUCAUCUAAUGAGGAAUGCAGGCAGAGAGAAAAUGUGAAGAAUGAGGAAAUGGUGGAUAUCUUUGAGCUUGAAAUGAGUGAGAAGGCAAGAAUUGUUCGCUCGCAUGGAAAAACUGACAAGAAAGUACCUAAAGUUGACCAAUCAGGAAGCUUAAAAGACAUGCCCGAGACACAAUGCAGGGAGCUUAAACGAGUGGAGGGUGAGAAACCAAAAAAGGUUGAUAGACAACUGCUAAAUGAAGUUCAGCAGAGCACAAAACAUAUUGAAAAUGAGAAAAAACUCAAAGAGGAUGAACAGCAACAACUGAGUUUGAGAAAGCUCAAGCAGUCUAAGAUGAAAGAAAAUGGAAAAAUUCAAAGAGAAGCUUUUGCUCUUGGAGUUGCAGAGGUUGAGCAAAGGGUGAAAGGUUCUGUGAUGCUGGAAAAAUUUGAAAGAUCAAAUGAGACCUUUAAUCUGGAUAGUCCUGAGGAAAAUAUGACUGGCAAAAGAGAAAAUAUAGUCAUCCUUGAACAAGAUAAACAGUUUCAGAACAAGAAGGAACUGAAAGAGACAUGUGAAAAUGAAGAAAUUGAGAAAAGUCUUAAAGGUUCUUUUAAAUUGGAAGAAAAUGAUGAAGGCUUAAAGCAUGCUCCUGAGCAGGUACAGUAUGAAAAGGGAGUUCAACAAGACUUUGAACUGGAAAUGAAUGAGAAAAUAACUAGAGUGCCUUUCCAGCAGGGGGAAAAUGAGGCAUAUGAAAGAGAUCAAGGUAAAGAAAAACUUGGUGAGAAUUAUGAUGGGUAUAGAAAAGGAAAUAGACUAAAAGAUGUGAUUGAUAGCAAAGGGGUUCAGAAAGUUCUGAAACAAGCUCCAGAGCUAGAAAUGUAUAGUGGAAAUGAGGCUCAGAGGAAGAAAGAAAUAGAGAGCCCAUCAAACCAAGCAUUUGACAGGGAAGUAAUUGUGGCUAUAUCAUAUGAGGAUAGUCACUCCAAGCAAUCUGAGAGGAUGCUCAAAGAUGCUGAUAAGAAUGAAAAAGAUAAGGGAUUGGACAAACCUUUGGAACAAAUGGAAGGUGGAGAAGGGAUAAACAUGAGUUUUUCAAAAGAAACCAAUGAGGCAUGGAAAACAGAGAGUGAUGAAAAUCUUCUGGCAGCUCAGUCAUCCUCCAUUCAUGAAGAAAAUAUUCGAAAACCAGAGGUAUGUCAAGACCCUAUUUCUGACCAGGAAAUUGAAAAGACAGGAAGUGACUGCAUAGUUGGUGGAAAGAAAUUGGAAGAGGUGUGUGUGGAAAAUCUAAAGGAUAAAGGGAAAAAAGGAGCUUCAGAAAUGUCCCAAGGAGAAGCAGAGCAUUCAGGAAAGGCGGCUUCCACUGCAACAAAUGUUGAUGGUGAUGAGCAUAGUAUUAGUUGUGAAAUGACAAGGACUGAGAAAACUAAGACAGCCCCUCAAAUGGAAUUUGAUCCUCAAAGUAGAGAGAGGAAAAUUGUAACAAAUGGCGAUUACAGAAGGAACACAAUAGCUGCUGAACCUGCUACAGUGCAAGACCCGGUAAAUAUCCAGAAACCUUCUCAAAGGUCUCAUGUAUCACAUUCCACCAGAAGCAAAGAGAAAAUUCUUGAUGAAACUUCUGCCUCAGUUGACAAAGAUGGUGAGAGGAUAAGAAGAGAAAGAGAGUUGGAAAAAGACCGUCUCAGAAAGAUAGAAGAGGAGAUGGAGAGAGAAAGGGAAAGACAGAAAGACAGAAUGGCUGUUGACAGAGCAAUGCUGGAGGCUGAGAGGGAAAGGGAAAGAGAAAAAGAUAGGAUAGCAGUUGAUAAAGCAACUUUGGAGGCUCGUGAUAGAACAUUUGCGGAUGCUCGUGAGAGAGCAGAAAGGGCUGCAUUUGAGAGAGCAACUGCAGAAGCUCGACAAAGAGCACUGGCUGAGGCCAGAGAAAGACUUGAAAAGGCAUGUGCUGAGGCCAGGGACAAAACAUAUGCUGAUAAGGCAGCUGCAGAAGCCAGAUUGAAAGCAGAGCGAACUGCUGUAGAAAGAGCAACUGCUGAGGCUCGAGAGCGUGCAAUGGAAAAAGUAAAGGUUGAUAGAGCUGCAUUCGAGUCCAGAGAACGAUUAGAGAGAUCUGUCUCUGACAAAUUUAGUGUUUCUUUCAGAAAUGGUGGAACACAGGGCUCUUCAUCCUCAGAUAUGCUGGAUCCACGUUGUCAGAACUCUACCUCCUUCACUCAUUCCAGAUAUCCAUAUUCCUCAGUUUAUGGUGCUUCCUCUUUUUCUGAAAGAUCAGAACGAGAAGGCGAAUCAGCUCAGAGGUGUAGAGCUAGACUGGAGAGGUAUCGCCGAACAGCUGAGCGUGCAGCAAAAGCUUUGGAAGAAAAGAACAUGCGUGACCUUGUAGCUCAGAAAGAGCAAGCUGAGAGAAAUAGAUUAGCAGAAACUCUGGAUACUGAAGUCCGCAGGUGGUCAAGUGGAAAAGAAGGAAACCUGCGUGCAUUACUUUCAACCUUGCAAUAUAUUCUUGGGCCUGAUAGUGGGUGGCAGCCAAUCCCACUCACGGACGUCAUUACUUCUGCUGCUGUAAAGAAGGCUUAUAGGAAGGCCACCCUUUGUGUCCAUCCUGACAAGUUACAGCAACGCGGAGCGAGUAUUCAAAACAAAUACAUAUGUGAGAAGGUCUUUGAUCUCCUAAAGGAAGCUUGGACCAAAUUCAACUCAGAAGAGCGAUAGCACACACUGUUCUGUUUUUGAACAUGUCCUUUGCAAGAGAGCAGCUCCCUUCCCUAGCAAUGUGGGAUCCUGCUUAUACCUCGUUAUUUUUAUCAUUUUACGCGUUCUGUAGUAUUAUUAUUCCCUAACUAUUUGUAUGUAAGUAUUCAUCCUACCUAUAGCAAAAAUUAAAAAGUAAAUACAUACAAACAAAAGCAUAUAGGGGCUUGCAUUUAUAUGGCCAACAAACUCUUGGAAUUCGUGUUAUAAAUCUUGAUCAUAAUUUAUUUUAAGAAUAUAAAACACUAUGGAAUGCUUAUGGAUUUCA